AUGGCAAUAAAUGCAUUUUAUAAAGGAAUUUCUGAUCAAUAUAAUAGAUUAGAGUAUUUAGAGAAUUUUUAAAGUAUUGUAAUAUAGACUAAAAAAUAUUUUACUAAAGUAGUUGAAGGACUAAAACCAAUAGCAAACUAGCCCUAACUAUAAAACCUAUUUGAUAAACUAUCAAGUCUCAUUAAGAAUGAAGCUAGCAGCGAGGCAAAAUUAGAAUUAAUAAUAAUAAAAUUCUUCUCUAAAGUUCUCAAUGAUAAAACUCAAAUUAUUAAAUUUAUCAAAGAGUACCUAAGAGAUCAAAUAUAUGAAUGCCUAUAAUAAGAAAAUUUGCAAGUCAUUCCUUUUAACAAAAUGAUGAUUUAUUUAUCUAUUUUGAAUUUUAAAAAGUCAACACCUGACUUGGAAAGACAGAUUUAGGACAUUUUUUAAUAUACUCAUGAAAGAUUAGCUAUAUUUAAAUAUGAAUGGUCUGGAAAAAUAAUUACAGAUUAAGAGAUACUAUAAUUCUUUCUAGAGCAGCAAACAAAAGUACUUAAGGAUUAAAAGUUUAAGAUAAUCAAUAAGAAUUUACUGAUUUAAACUAUAACUUAAUCUUAAACUUACAAAGAGAGAGUGUUAUAUCUUCUGAGAGGACUUGAUAUUUUAAAAUUGCAUUUUAAUAUGGAACUCAGCACUUUAGCCAAAAACUACUUUCACUACUAUUAAAUACAUUUAAUGAAAGAUUAAAAGGAGAAAAUCUGGUAAACUUCCAAAUAAAAUCAAUAACAAUUUGAAUGA